GGACACGCCCACUGACAACGACAUGCCCACUAGAAAAUUAGCCGAUUUCCUGCUAAUCGAAUCCUAAACUCAGACACAAACAUUCUUCCUGGAGAGCUGAAAAGCUUGAAUAACAAAUUGUUCCGCCGAAAGUUCUGAAUCGUCCUGCAGCCCAUAGCGUCAAUUUUUCGCAGAAGAAUGAUCCAAGGCAAAGUUCGAGUAGCUGUGAAAGUUGGUUUCGUCAUCUGAGAGAAUGCAAUCCAGUCUGUCCCGUCGUGUUGAAGGAAGAAACCUGUACAUCUACGACCGUCGAUUUGAGAACAGCACCAGAAGAGAAGCAUAUCUGGUCACACGUGAUGUGGACUUAGAGGGCUUAAUUCGCAUUCUGCAUAAGGCAUUUGAAGUUCCAGACCAUGAAUCGUUUCUUUUGGUCACAACAGAGAGGACAGUACUUGAUGCAGAAAAGUACUCCCGGCUACAAGAUAGUGCCACUCUGUACAUGUUACAGAGAGACGACCAAACACUGGAGGUGCCCACACAAGAGCGGAUUUAUUUCACUCCACAUCAUGAUACUGUGGUGGAGAGUGGCACAUACAAAUACUAUGACAGUGAGGGCAAGAAAUCGUUGCCAUAUGCCCUGGCUGAUCUGGUUGACAACGCACUUUCAGCCACGGUGAAUAAUGCUGGAGUGCGAACAAUAGAAAUACGAAUGCUGUUUAAUGAGAACUGUGGAAAACCAGCUGUCAUUGUGUGGGAUAAUGGAUGUGGUAUGACUUCUAAACAACUCAACAACUGGGCAGUGUACAAGCUCUCCAAAUUUAACAGGGAAAAUGGCAGUGAUCAAGGCAACUAUACUCAUCCUGGUUAUGUUUGUCGAAGUCUGAACAGUGACAUAUCCUACUUUGGAGUAGGAGGAAAACAGGCAGCUUUCUAUAUUGGAAAGACAAUCAGGGUCAUCACUAAAUCAUCCAGCUCCCCCGAUGUGCAUGAGCUUGUUCUGUCCAAAGCAUUAUUUGAGAAAAAGGAAAAGAACAAAGAAGACCCUUUUAGCUCAAGCAUCUAUAAUCGCAAACCUGGUGAGUCGUCACACAUUAGCAAACCUGAGGACUGUUUUCUGCAUGACCUCAUUGCAGAAGAAUGUGGCCACCAGAGCUUCACUGCUGUUGUUAUUACUGAUGUCCUGAAAGAGCACAUCACUUUUCUCAAGGAGGAUUUUGAAUUGUGGACCAGGCAGCUUGCACACAUAUACCACUAUUAUUUACAUGGGCCCAAUGGGAAUAUUCAAGGAGCAGUAUCAAAAUCAAGCAUUCCAGAUUUUGAACUCUCUCAAAUUGACAUUCUGAUCACUCUCCAGACAAAAAAGAGUCCGUGUGUAGUUAAUCUCAGAGACAUUGGAACAGACCUGCAAAGCUUGUACAUAAAGACUGCUGUUUCUACAUUUGAGUUCAGAGCUUGUACUAACCCAGAGGCAGGUAUGGUGGAGGGGAUACUACGUUAUCACCCCUUCCUAUAUGACCGGGAGACGUACCCCAAGGACCCUGAUACCCUUGAUGUCCAGCAUGGAUAUGUUGAAGAUGAUGUAAAUGAGUAUAAUACUGAUAGCACUGCCCAAAAGCAAAAGAAGCCGGUCUUUGAAUGCUAUUGGAAUGGACGUCUUAUUCCAUACACAACAGUACAAGACUUUGAUUGGUGUGCCCAGGCUCCUAAAGGAUCCGAGUUGCCGGCUGAGUGCUACAAUCGUAUCUCUGGUGUGCUCUUCACAGAUGACACGUUUAAAGUCACUGAGAAUAAACUUACAUUCAUAGACCUGGAGCAGAAACUGAAAAACAAAGAAACAAUAUUCACCUUUGUUAAGAAUGGGCAGAAACAAAGAUCUAACCUCAAGAGGGAGUUUUCUCAGUGGCUACAAUCCUGUCAUGAAAACUUUGACAAACAAGUGAAGUUUAUGACGUAUGAGGGCACAAUCACACGGGAUGAUAUACCAACCAAGAGGAACCAGCAUCCAUGGGCCACAUUCUCGAAAAUGGAAUGGGGUGGUCGAAUUUACCAGGCGGGCGAUUAUGUCAAGUCUCUAAAAACUGUACCUAUUUACAAUGGUAAAGUGAAUCGCUUCCUAUUGUUUGGAAUUCAUCAAUAUGAUGAAGAUGUGUAUGGUCCUGGAGGUCAGGUGGAAAUUGGUUUGGAGCCCAAAGGACUUUAUGAAAAGACAAAAAUCAUAUCUCUAUCUAAAAUUGACAGAAAUGCUACUGAUGAAGAAAUCAAGAAAAACAUUAAGAAUGAUUCUGCAAAGCUUCCAGACAAACUUGAGGUGCUAUGGCCUGAAGGCAACCAAUGGCCAGACAACACAACCCACCCAGCUGGAACUGUACUAGGACCAAUAAAUGUAAAGAUUCUGAAUAAGAAGGGGGAUACAAUUUCUAUCCUGCCAUCCGUGGGCCGUGGAAUGACCAAAAAAAUGUCAGUUGUGCUCAAAUUGGUGCAUCAUGUUUCUAAGGGAGAUGAAGAGAUUUGCUCCAUGGAAGCUGAACAUUCAUCAACGUGGAAUUUUUGGUUCAAAGGGAUUGGGAACAUUUUCAAGCUGGGAAAAUAUACAUUGCAUUUAAUUACCAUUCAAAGUGAGACCAAAGCCAAUGAAUUUGGAGAAAGACGUCUUCCUCAUUUUAAGCUUAGGUUUGCCAUCAAAGAGGAUGUGGCAGAUCAAUUUGAUAUGGCCACAGUCAGCUCAAUUCUUCGUAUUGGAGUACCUUUUGAUAUUUCUUUGGAGUUUAAGGACAGAUAUGGUCAUACUGUUAAACCUCACCCAGAUUUGAAACCUACACUUCAGUGCAGAGGUUUGGAUGUUGCAUAUGAACAAGUGAAAUGUGGAAACAACACCAUGUCAAUUAAGAAUGUCAAAGCAACAGGAAAGCUCAAGAAUCAUCUAGAACCGAAUCCGUAUGACAUAAAGGUGACAGUAGAUGGUCUCAAAGAGCACUCCAAAACAUUGAAGAUUACUGUACUUCCUGGUAACCCACACUCCAUCCAAGUAUUUCCCAAAGAGAACCCAGUCAAGGUGGAGAAUGGCAACACAAUUAAAUGGGGUGUUAUGGUUCAAGAUGAGGCUGGAAACCUCACUGCAACACCCAAUAUGACUGUUCGAUGCUAUGUUCCACAGCACCCACCAGCAAACAUAAGCUGCAUUGCCGGAGCUGGUGAAUAUGUUACAAAGCCCAUCUAUGUCUCACUUGUCAAAGGAAAUCCACAAAGUCUUCUAGUUCAAUUCAAUGUUCCUAAUCAAAGGGGUAUAAAAGAAGUCACCCGUGAGUUGCUUGUGGUGCCCAGUAAAAGAAUCAGUUGUAUAAAGAUCUAUGAAAAGGAUGCAGGUUUUGAACUGAAAAACAAUGACAAGGUCAACUGGAUGGCUGGCAGUCUGUUGGAAAAUCUGUACUUCACACUUUAUGAUGAGGGCAAUAGAGAGGUUCCUAUCACAGCUGAGGUGGCUUCAAAGAUUCAGGUUAACUGGACUGGGAAAAUCAAUCGGAAAGAACUGAUGAAAGGCAAGCUCCCUGAUGUUACAGUUCCAACCAAAAUUGAUGCUGAGAAUUUUUACCAAGUGUUGUACCAAGACCAGAGUGUCUCUGUCUCCUUUAGCUUUGUACCUCUUCCUGAUGAGCCUGCAGGAUUAAAAGCAGUUCUCCCAAAAUGCACAGCAAGACUUGGGGAAAUUCUGCCUGAGUCUAUAACCCUAGAACUUGUGGACAGAUAUGAAAAUGUCACAAAGACAUUGACACCAUCAUGUGUGAAUGAAAUAAUGGUAGAGGGCGAGGGUCUGGACAGAGAAGCUUUAACAUUAACAUUUGAGGAGAGUAACUGUUCAGUUGUAGUCACUGGUGUGCGCUUCACCUCUGGGACUCCUGGUACCAGGGAGAUGAGUUUUACCUUUGGAGAUUUUACAUGCCACGCCAGACUUGAAGUGACUGCAGGAAUUCCUGCAAAGCUUGCUCUUAUCAAUGAACAGGACCAGUUUUUGCAUGUUUUGAAUGGUCAUGGCAUUUCCACACCAUUUGUCAUCCAACUGUGUGACCAGUGGGGCAAUCCCUCCCCAGAUAGGAGGGUUGUGGUAAAAAUAUUGGCCUCAGCUGAAUUAAAUAUGAAUACAAAUGUAUCGUCACAGCCAGUGAAUGCAAAGGGACAAGCUUCCUUCAAUGUGACUUGUGUGACUGGACCUAAGGGAUCAUAUGAGCUAAAAUUUAAAGGAUUUUUUAAAAAAGAUCCAAUACCUGGACCAUCUGUGAAACUGAAUGUCCUUCCUGAUCCCAAUAAACCUGUCAGCUUAGAAGUGGAGUAUGAUAAAACGGCCACUUUUGUCGCUGGCAAAUUGUUCCCUGUAUUUUUAGUGACUGUUAUGUCAGAUGAAGGUAAGCCUAUCGUAAACAAAGGAGCUGUGUCUAUGCUGUAUUGGAAGGGAGAGUUGUCAAGAAAUGCACCUCCAAAUACAGCAAUUGAGUUUCAAUGUUGUGAGCCCAAGGAGACUGAAAAGAAGGACAUUUUUUAUUUCAGAGAAAAGCCUAUCCCAGAACAUGUUGGAAACUAUACUAUCCAAUUCUGCUUACGUGACAUCAACAAUGAAAUAACAUUGCGUAAUGAUCAGAUUGUUAUAAAUGUGGUGGCAAAUAGGCCGACAAAGCUGGCUCCUGAAAUUCCACCUCCAACACAAGUUGUAUCUUACAGUGAAGACAUUGCCAAAAGAAUGUUGGUGGAUAAUAUGACUCUGAUGAUAAUGGAUCAGUAUGGCAACCCAGCAGGUCAAGGACUGAAUGGGGAUGUUGAGAUCUGUAUAAAAAACUUGAAUGGGCAGACCAGAAAGGAACUUCCUUUGUUUGAAGAUAAAACUACUAGUUGUAAAAUUAAGCUGGAGAAUGGAAAGGCUCAUGUUUCUAAACUUGCCAUAAUGAAGAAAAGUCCUGGGAUACAUGGUGUCACAUAUAUGGUCCUCUUCAGACCUGUUCUUUCUCCAAGAGUUCAUGGGGAUCUGGAUUCUUAUGAGUUUCACUUUAGCUUUUCUAAUGAUGAAGAGAACCAGAAAAAACACGUGGCAUUGUCCAGAAAAAGGGACACAAUCAAAGAAGAUAUUAUAAAAAUUAAAAAUGAAGACAAUGAACGCAAGAAGUUAAUGAAAGAGUACGAAGAGCUACUUCAAAAAUUAUGUCAAAAAGAGGCAGCUCUUCGAAAUCAACUCAUAAAGGAUUGUAAUGAGAACUUACCAGAAAAUGCAUCUAUUGAGAUGGUUGAGAAAAUUCUAAAUCAAAGGCUGCUUGAAGCUGACUGGACUUGGAAAGCAAGAAGAUAUUGCAGGAUAUUGAAUAACCAUAAAGGACCAGGCAUUUUAGGAAAGGUGGGUCACUUGGCGCACGUGAUGAAUGACUCUGAAGCCUGGGUGAUCUCAUGGCACAUCAGAGGUGACAUGGACUGUGUCGUCACUACGACAACAGCAGCUGCGCGUCAAAUCUACAACCUCACUAAUGGCAAUCAGCAGGUUUUGCCCAUUGAUGGGAUUAACCCCUCUUGUAGAAGAACCCUCCCACCAUUACCCCAUAUAAGAAAUGGUCGUGUACUUUUUGAGCCAAAGGGAAAUCCAGUGUAUGCGGCAAAUGUUCUGAUUUACCCUGAAAAUCAAAAAGACUGUGAGAUUGUGUUCAGAAAUCUUCUGGGAAGUACCAUCUUGAUUGAUGACCUGGACUCUGCAAGCUAUUACAGACAGUCUGCGGUGAGAUGUGGUGAGAUGUGUCAGACCAUUCUCACCAGGCAAGGGGAGAGGAUCAGCUCCAAAGGAAAGUUUGGGGGUGCACAGAACAAAGCUCCACCCUAUAACAAGUUGGAGAUGUUUGGAGCCCCCGUACCUGAGCGCUACUUCAGCCUUCAAAGAAAUAUAGAUCUACUCCAGCAGUACAGAAAUGCUCUUGAAAAAAAGCUACAACAUAUACAGGAACAGACUAAGACAUUUAAUCAUUUGGAUGUCAUAAUCAAGAAGAAUCGGGAGUCUUUGGGGAUUAUGGACAAACAACUGCAAGAGAUUGAGACACAACUUGCGACCCCACUCAAAAGGGUAUCUGACAGCGGUUGUGAUACGUCUGGCAUUGCUGCUAAACGAGCAAAAUUUUAAUCAAGAUAAUGCUAUGAAAAUGCCAAAAGUAAUGUGGAAAGUGACUUCUGUGGAUGUAUUUUGUUUUUGACAAUGCAAGAGUUUUAUAUACUUUUAUUGCUCCUUUUUGUAAAGUUUAGAUUUGUUUGUCGUAACCAUUAUUAAAAAAACA